AUGCCGUCCUUGGCCAAUUUGGUUCGACAAGUCCACUACACUAUCUUCAGGCGGACUUCCACGUUCGUCCUGACUGCUAUCGUUUUGGCGUAUCCCUUCGAGCGAGCGUUCAAUGUAGCCACAGAGCAGUACUUUCGACAAGUAAAUAAGGGG